GCUGGACGUCCAGUACAUGCACUGACCCGUCCCCUGCUGGUCCAUAUCACAUACUAUGCUGGAAACUACCAAGGGUGGCACGAAGCCGUUCUUCACGGCGACCUCAGCGUAUUCUCUGGCCGCUGUAGCCACCAUCGGUAUCCUUGCUCGCACAGGCGCACGGGCCUUUCUGCCUCGCAAUGCUCGCUGGCAGGACCGCUUCACGUUCAUCUGGCUGGCUUUCGACGCCAUGAUCCACUUCAGUUUCGAAGGCUCAUUCUUGUACCUCUCCACGUUCGGCCGACAAGUAAACACAAGCGCAGGUCCAUUUGCCGAGCUAUGGAAGGAAUACGCGGCUGCGGACUUCCGGUGGGGCUUUGCCGAUGAGACUGUCGUUUCAUUGGAGAUAUUGACAGUGCUCGGAGCUGGCCCGCUAUGCUGUUAUAUCCUAUGGCAAUUAGCCAAGGACGAUCCAGCUAGACAUUACUGGAUUGUGGUAUUAAGCACUGCCGAGUUGUACGGUGGCUGGAUGACCUUCUGCCCAGAGUGGCUGACCGGUUCACCGAACCUGGAUACCUCUAAUCCCCUUUACCUUUGGGUAUACCUGUUUUUCAUGAACGUUAUUUGGGUAGUGAUCCCUCUCUGGCUCAUGUACGAUUCAUACGGUCACAUCGCGGCAAGCCUGCGAAGCGCGAAGAAAACCAAGCGAGCAUGAUAAUACCAUGAUUGUUGCAGGAACGAUCUAUUGCUGAGCGAUUUCUGAUACAAACUGUUUGAUGCGUUGCUACUUGCUAUCGAAUCGCAGCGUGUUCAUCGGCGAACAAGAUGAUGAU